CCAAAAGCUUCUUCCUGCUGGGGCCGGAAGCAGAGCUGUGACAUCAGCGCGACGCGGAGGUCAGAAACCCUCUCUUACAGCCAUCUUGGAUCCUGUGCCCUGAACUAUCCAGAAUGCCAGGCGAAGCCACAGAAACUGUCCCUGUCACAGAGCAGGAGUUGCAGCAGCCCCAGGCUGAGACGGCUACACCUGCUGCUGCGGCCCCUGCUCCCUCUCAGGCAAAGCCCAAAGAGGGCAAAACUAACCCCAAGCUGUCCUCUUCUCCUCACACCACUGCUCCUAAGCCAGUUCCUGCUGGACGCAGGAAACGCUCCUCUCUGUCUGCCUCUUCAAGCUCCCCUACCUCUCCUAAAUCUGCUUCUGGCCCUCGUGCCACCCCUCCAUGCUCCCCUUUGGCCUCUCCUCUGGCUGACUCUUCUGUAGCUGGGAAAGCUGAGCAGGCUGCUCCCAAGGUGGUAAAGGCUGGUAAACAAGGGAAGCAACAGAAAGCAAAGAAUUUUAAACCUGCUGAAUCUGAGCAAGCACCUCCCUCUGCCUCAAAGCCUGCUCAGGAGCCUGCACCAGUUGCAGCUCCACCGUCUCUGGCUAUACCAGUACCAGAGGUAGCAAAACCAGCAGGAGAUGGAAAUGCUUCCCCUGUCUCUCCCAAAGCUGCUGUGGCUCCCGUUGCCUUUAAAGUAACUUCUAAGUCUGCUGCCCCAGCACCAAAGUCGUUUACAGAAGCUGUGACUGGCAGUCCACCCAAAGUGGCUGAAGCCCCCAAGGUCGCCUCUGAAGCUCCAAAAGUAGCAGCCCCUGCUGUUUCAGAAGCCAAGACCCCCUCGCCUUCAAAAGCAGCUGCUAAGCCUAGCCCUGCCCAAGUGCCAAAUGUGAAGACAGCCACUGCUGCACCCCCAAAACCUGCUCCUGCAGCCUCUGAGGAUGAUGACCUCCCACCUCUCUUACCACCUGAGAAUCCUUUUGCAAUGCCUGCUUUCCCCCCCAUGCCACCUAGCACAGUGCCUGUAGUUACCCCAGCAGCUCCUAAAGCUCCUGGUAAAGUUGAAUCUGGCCCUAAAGCAAAGGCCGCUCCUAAAACUAAACCAGCUCCUAAGGCUGCCCCGAAAGUUGAGGCUGCACCUAAAGUUGACCCUAUCCCCACCCCUAAAGAUGAGCCUACUCCUCCCCCUAAAGUUGCAGUUGCUUCUACCCCUAAGGUUGAGGCUGCUCCUGCACCUAAAGUUAAGGCUUCCCCUAGCCCUAAAGCUGAGCCUGCUCCUGUCCCUAAGGUUGAGGCUGCCCCUAAAGCUGAGUCUGCUCCUACCUCUAAGGUUGAAGCUGCUCCUGCUGCUAAAGUUAAGCCCGCUGCUGCUCCCAAAGCUGAGGCUGCCCCUAAGGUAGAGGCUGCUCCUGCACCUAAAGUUAAGGCUGCCCCUAGCCCUAAAGCUGAGCCUGUUCCUGCUCCUAAGGUUGAGGCUGCCCCUAAAGCUGACUCUGCUCCUACCUCUAAGGUUGAGGCUGCUCCUGCCGCCAAAGUUAAGCCUGUUGCUGCUCUUAAAGCUGAGGCGGCAUUGGCUGCUAAAGUCGAGCCUGAGCCUGCCCCUAAAGCAGAGUCUGCCCCUGCUUCUAAAGUUGAGGCUGCUGCUCCUGCUCCUAAAGUUGAGGCUGCUCCUGCCCCUAAAGCUGAGCCUGCACCUGCUUCUAAAGUUGAGGCUGCUCCUCUUAAAAUUGAGGCUGCUCCUGCCCCUAAAGCUGAGCCUACCUCUGCUUCUAAAGUUGAGGCUGCUCCUGCCCCUAAAGGUAAGCCUGCCCCUAAAGGUAAGCCUACCCCCAAAGCUGAGGCUGCCGCUCCCAAAGCUGAGACUGCUGCUCCCAAAGCUGAGGCUGCUGCUCCUAAAGCUGAGACUGUCCCUAAAGUUAAGCCUGUUCCUGCCUCUAAAGUUGAGGCUGCGCCUCCUAAAGUUAAGUCUGCUCCUGCCCCUAAAGUUAAGGCUACACCUGCUCCCAAAGUUGAGGCUGCUGCCCCAAAAGUUGAGCCUGCCCCUACUCCCAAAGCUGAACCUGUCCCUAAAGUUGAGCCAGCCCCUGUUCCCAAACCAGUUAAAGCCCCAUCCAUACUGGACCCAGUCAUCAAGAACGACAAGGGGUCUGGCACUGAAUCUGACAGUGACGAAUCUGUUCCUGAACUGGAGGAGCAGGACUCUGCACAGACACAAACACAGCAGGCACAGCUUGCAGCCGCAGCUGAAAUCGAUGAGGAACCUGUCAGCAAAGCAAAACAAAGCAGGAGUGAGAAGAAAGCCAGGAAGGCCAUGUCCAAAUUGGGGUUGAGACAAGUUGCUGGUGUUACCAGAGUAACCAUUCGCAAGUCCAAGAACAUUCUCUUUGUCAUCACCAAACCAGAUGUCUACAAAAGUCCAGCUUCAGAUACUUACAUUGUCUUCGGUGAGGCCAAGAUUGAAGAUCUGUCUCAGCAAGCUCAGUUAGCAGCCGCAGAGAAGUUCAAGGUUCAAGGAGAAGCCGUUUCAAACAUCCAGGAAAACACACAGACGCCCACAGUACAGGAGGAGAGCGAAGAGGAAGAGGUUGAUGAGACCGGAGUGGAGGUCAAGGACAUUGAGCUGGUCAUGUCACAGGCCAAUGUAUCCAGGGCGAAGGCUGUGCGUGCACUGAAGAAUAACAAUAACGACAUUGUUAAUGCUAUUAUGGAAUUGACGAUGUAGAUGGAGAUCAGGGACUGGGUCACAUUGAGAUGUUGCUGAUUUGAUCUACACUAUUGUUUGUACAAUUUAUACCCAAGAGAAAUAAAGGCGUGGCUUGAUGAAAUUAUA